AUUAUUUACCAACUCCUAUCGAAUAUAAAUAGACCAACCUUGGUUGCUCCCUCUCUUAAUCUUUACUUCCUUUAUCUACACAUCAGAAAUGAACACCAAAAUCUUUAUCGCUUUCCUUGCCGCCCUUUGUUUGUUUGCCCUCGUCAGUGCACAGAGCUCUUCUGAUGAUGUUCAGGUACAGGCUGCUGAUGCCAGCGGUUUCUCAGGAACUCCUACAAGCGCCGUUGCCCAGUCUACCGGUGCUGUCGAUGCCAUCUUAAGCUCUCUCCAAGACAAGGCCUCCGCUCUUGCCGGUAGUGCUUCUGCCGCGGUUUCCAGUGCACCUUCCUCCGCAUCUUCUGCCGCUAGUGCUCAAACCUCGCCUGCUGCCAGCUCCGGAAGUUCUCUGGUUUCCGAUUUAUUCAAUGGUUCUAUUUUCCAGAGCGCCACCUUUGCCACAUUGUUUGUCGCUAGUUUCAUGCUGGUGCUUGCCUAAAAACUGUACAUUUCUUCUUGUUUAUUUUCUUUUAUAUACCACAAUUUUUACUUGUCUUUCCUGACGUGUAUAGCUUAAUAAAGCCAUAAUGUUAAUAUCAAAACACCAAAAAAAUUGUUUGCGAGAAAUCC